AUGGCGAACCACCCAAUCCCCGACCUCUCCACCCUUCUCUCCUCCGCCCAAAUCUUCUCUUCCAACUACCCCCUCCCCCACAUCCGCGCCAUCCACAAGGCCCUCCAUGCCGAGAUCGACGACAAGCAGUCGCGCCUGCGCACCCAGGUCGGCGGCUCCUACCGCGAGCUGCUGGGCACUGCCGACACUAUCGUGCAGAUGCGGGGCGACAUGGAAUCCGUGCAGGCGACAUUGGGGCGCAUGGGUGGAAGGUGCGGCAGGCAGGUGGUGAAGGAGAAGAUGGAUGGACUCAAGAAGUGGGAUGAGAGCGAGGAUAUGCACAACACGAGCAGAAGGGAGGCGGCGAGGGUCAAGAUUCUGGAGGGGUGUGUGUUGGCUGUCCAGAAGUUGUUGAGACGGGAGGAGAAGGCCGCGGGGAGGGAUACUAGGAAGAUGAGAGGAGGGAAAGUGGAAGAAAAGGAGGCAGUAAUGUCCAAAGGGGAUAAACUGCUUGUUGCGGCGAAGGUGUGCGUGCUUGGAAGACUGCUGGUUAAGACUUUUGAGCGGGAGGGCAUUCAUACCGAAGCGUCGAGGACGGCGGUCAAGUCGGCUGAUAGAUCGUUGACUGUCCUUCGCGAUAGACUCCUCCGGUGUAUCGACAGCGUGCUGGUGAGCGUCAACGAGAAACUCACGCCGCGCAGCGAUCUCCUCAAGGCGUUGAGCGCGUAUAGUCUGCAUACCAGCUCUGGAGCUCGGGACACUCUUCGCCACUUUCUCGACGUCAGGGGGAGUGCACUGUCGCUGUCCAUCAACAACAACAACAACUGGGAGGGACAGCAGUCAGCGGCAGUUCGAACACCCAAGGACAUCCUCAGACGGCUCAACCUCUACGCCAAAACAUUGCAAGACGUGCAAGCCCUCACACCCAACAAGCUCGCGGACGCGCUUAACGGACUUAAGAAGAAGGCGCUCCUGGCAGAUGACGCCCUCCGCGCCAUCGAGGGUCUCCGGCUGGAUAUUUACUCGUGCUGGUGCGGCGACGAAAUCCGGUAUUACACGCCCUUCAUCCGGCACGACGAUCUGCAGGCCGAAAGCGUCAAUGGCCUGCUGUCCGAAUGGGCCCCCGUGCACCGCGACGUUUUUAUUGAUGACCUCGACAAGACCGUCAAGUCCAUGAGCGAAUUCAAAGCCAUCGUCGACCUGCGCACCUCCGUCCUCCGCCUCUGGAUCGCCGAGAGCUCGCGCGUCCGGUACGAUUUCGCCUCCAAAGACGACAACGACAGCUCGCCUGACGGCAUCCCCAUCAGCACCUCCAUGUUCAGCCAAAUCCGCACCACCAUCAACAACCACCUGCUCUUCGUGAUCGACACCAAAGUCCACAAGCUCCGUCUCGUCGGCUCCGAAGCCUCGGCCGCUCUGGCCGCCUGGCGCGAGGGCACCACGGACGCGCACCUCUCUCUUUGGGACCCGUCCGCCUUUUCAGGUAUCGACCUCACCAUCCCCUCUGGUGGUCCCUCUGGCAGCGGCGGCGGCGGCGGUGGUGCCGCCCAGCAAUUCGCCUCCGAAGUGAUCUCCCGCCUCUACGGGCGUAACGACGCCGUCUCCAAAGCCGUAGCCUCUUACAAGUCCUGGUUCCACGUGAUCGACGACGUCGGGUCCGUAGUCGAGCAGUUGCGUCGCCAGCGGUGGGAGAACGACCUCGAGGACGAAGAAGAAGAAGAAGGCGACAUGAUGAUGGUCGAAGACGAAGAGACGAUCGAGCAGCGCCACCAACUUUUGUCUCGUGAAGACCCGGAAAGACUAACGACCCACCUUAGCGAGUCCCUCGUGAAAGCGUUUGCCGCGCUGGAUGAGCACUUGACGGACCUGUGGACCCAGCAGAGGGACGGUCCGAAUAAUGGGCAGAUAGCCAUGUACCUCCUUCGUCUGCUGCGGGAUAUUCGUAGUCGUUUACCUGAUCAACCUCAGAUUCCGACGGGCGCAGUGGCGGCGGCGGCGGAGGACAGCAGUAUCAAAGCCUUUGGCCUGCCCACCAUUCCUUCGUUACAUACCUCCCUUGCCCGCGCGGUUUUGGUCAGCCCCGUCGAUGAGUUCGUGACGGUCGCUUUGGCUCGGAAGACGGUGGUCGGGAGAGGGUUGUGGGAGGGAAGCCCCGAACUGCCGACCUCUCCCUCGCCGGGCAUGUUCCGGUUCCUGCGCAGCCUGUCGGCGGCGAUGGCGGAGGCGGGAGCGGACCUGUGGAGCCCGGCGGCGGGGAGGGAGCUGAAGAAGGAAGUGAGGGGGGAGGUGUGUAAGGUUUGGUUGGAGGCUGCCAGGGGGGUUCUAGAGGAAGCAGAGCGGCAAGAGCGGGAAAGUGGUGAGAAGGAGACUAGUAAAGAGGGGGACGAGGAGGAGGUUAAGGAGGAGGGCGAAAAUGGCGGGGAAGAAGGGGGGAAAGAAGACAAGGAGGAAGAGACCGAUGAGGAGGCCAAGAAGACACAGGCAGAAGAAGCCUUGGCCGCCAAAGCAGAGGCCGAGAAGCUCCAAAAACAACAAGAAGAAGAAGCCGAAAAAGCCAACCAACAACGCCGCGACCUCUUUGUCCAGUGGCUCUUCGACAUCAUCUACCUCGGCAUCUUCCUCGACGGCAGCAAAGGCGACUUCAACGCGAUUGCCAAUACCGUCUUCCAGCACUCUGGUCUGGAUCCAGGGGCCAAGGGAAGACUGGUCAAGGCGGCGCAGGAGUACUACAAGAGGACUCAAUUGUUGUUUGGCUUGCUGACAUCGUAGCCUUCCUUCCUUCCUUCUUUUGCUAAAUAGAAUAUACAGUUACGAUAAUACCAUUAACUUUGCUAUGCUCAUCAAUAAUCGUGUACGUUGGGUAUAUAUAUAUAUAUAAGCCCGCUGCUCUUGUCCUUAUGCGCCCGCCAAACUCCGACUCC